AAAAACAGGGCAUUGCUCUUUAGAAAUUCAAAGAGAUUAACCAAAAAGCGAUAAGAUUUCAGGAAGUGGCACAGUAAAAUCUGUACAAAUAAGGAAUCUACAGAUCAGUAUAAUUAAGAUUUUCCAUCGCAAUGGUCGUACUCAUCGCAGUUAUUGUAUUAAUAGGGCUUUGCCCAGUUCAAGCGGUGAUUAAUAGAGACACUUACACACCACUAAUUGCACUUGUGGUUACUCAUCUAAAUGGAAGUCAAUCGGAUUUUGAUAAUUGGACCAAGGAAAUUAGUUUGACUGUGGAAAUUGAACAACAAGAGCGGGUGUCGUGGAAUAUUCCCUGGUUGCAAACUCUGGAGUCUGGAAAAUCAUCACUAAACUUGCAACAAAAGCUCAAUCCAAGCAAUUUCUUUAAGCUGAAGUUGUGGUUGAGUUUCUAUUGGUAUCUGAAACGCUCCCUGCUCUUAAAUGAGAUUCUUCUCUCAAACUUUGCCCUGGAAUUAAGGAAACUUCAUAAAAAUCAAUCAGAAUUGUGGGACAAUGAUAUUCAAAACAUGUUGCAAAGUUUACCAAGACCUUUAAGGCUUUUGGUUAGAAGUCACCGUUUGUGUUUGCAACACAAAAAGGAAAUGUUGUAUGCUACUGCUGAUAAUCAACUAGAAUUGGGUGCUAAUAGUAAUUGCAGCAUUUGGGAAGUUGAACCGGAAAUUCACGAUCACUGGCUGCGACUUGUAAAUGUCUGUGAUGAGAAAGAUCACUUCUUUAUCAGCAUGUUAUCACAGGAAGAAUCACACAUCCUGCACAGAGCUCCAAACAAAUUUGCAAGACAGUUUUGUGUUCUGAAAGGCUUGGGCUACUUUGAGGAGGCCUCAAGAACUUUAAACAUGAAAAGCCGUUGUAACUGGCAACUGAAUGAUUGCAGAUUUUUACCUAUGAUAAUAUCGGUGAAUAAUAGAAACUAG